AUGCACAGAUUAUUGACUAAUUCCAAAGAACGUGCUUUUUACUACUGGUAUUUCGUUGUUCACAUCCCGAUCACUAUAUUUAUAGAUUCAAGUGUUGUAUUGGGUGAUAGACCACCUGUUUGGUCAUCAUUAGUCAUGUGGCAUUGUCAGAACAAUAACGAUUUCUUGUUAUUAGAAAGACCUGUGUGGUUAUGGUGGUUUGUGUUAAUUGAAUUGAUAUUUCAAUUGCCGCUCUUUUUCUAUUUUGUCUUCAAUUGGUCGUGUUUAAAUUCACCUUCAGUUGGAAAGAAAACUUAUAGAUUGCUUACUUUAUUACGUUUCUACGGGUUAGAAGCUGCUUUAACAACCGCUGUAUGUAUUUGGGCCAUUUGGCAAAGAGGUAAUAUUACUUUGGAAAAUCAACUACAGUUGACUUUCGUGUAUCUUCUAACUGUUAUCAUUCCAGGCAGAUUAUGCUUCUUUUAA